AUGCAGGCCGAAGCACAGGCUCCCGAACAACAACCUCAGACACCUUUGGCUAGUCUCCCAAUGCUCCCGACUGAGCACCCGGACAACACACCGGAUGCACACGACUUCAUGGCGAUGCAAGCCGGGCUAUGCUGGCAAUGCCGAUCACCGGACCACUUCCUCCGCGACUGUCCCAUGCGCUCUCGUCCAACGGGUACUAGAGGCCGAUAUCGGGGCCAGAUCCAUCAACCCACGCCACAAUACAACAGGCAAGCGGUCUACCCCCAGGCUCAACAGUCCCAUCGCCCACAGCAUGGACCCCUCAAUGCGAACAACAACAAUCCCCCGGCCAGUCAGAACAGACCCGCCGACUACUACCGACCACCUCAAUACCGGCUUCAACGGGUCAACCCUCCGUCCGAAUCCAUCGGCUCCCAGCGACAGAAACCAUCAGCCAAUGAAGCCAGUGCUGACACCGAGUCACAGGGCGGCUCCGUGGCAAGGAUGGUUGAACUUGGAGAUGUGGCCGAUGAUCUGGCCAACAUUCAUUUCGACCACAUCCAAGCUGAGGUCCCGAACAACCCACCUAUUGUUGACUCUGGUGCGUCCCACCAUCUAUGUGGUGAUCUCAAACUUCUUUCUAAUUUCCGUCUCUUCCGCUCCCCUAUUCCUCUGAAAGUUGCUACGUCUGGGAACCCAGCCUACAUCACCGGCGAAGGGGAUCUCACUUUCUCGGGCCUGGACAAUCAACGGGUCACCAUACAUGGUGUGCUGUACUGUGAGCUUGCCCGCUCCACCCUGAUUUCAUUGGCAGCUUUGCGGAAAGCUAAUGCGUAUUUUGCAUAUGAUAUCAAACAGGACUGCUAUUUGAUCUAUUCAAGCAAUAAUAUCCUCUGCUUCAAAUGCCCUUUCAUCCCUCGACAAAACAAAUGGAUAUUUCCUUUCCCUAUCCCUUCCCUACACCAUCCACAUCCUGUUCCCAAACCCAGUUGUCACCCUGUUUCUGUGAAUCCAUGCAAUGAUAUGCCUCAAUCUGAACAUUCUUUCUGUCCCAUUUCCACCGAGCUGAGAGUUGACCUACGCAGAAAUGCUUUUAAGACACCACUUGAUACUGAACAUCCUGAGUCCAACAUCAACAGCAACAGUCUCGAUAAGAAUGAACAGGUUCUACUAUACUGGCAUCGACUGUUUGGACACGCUAGCUUACAGAAGAUCCGCCAGGUCAUUCAGGAAAAACUUUGCAAGAAUCUACCGGUGUCACUUCCAAAGGGCGAACUGAAAUGCGACAUCUGUGCCCGGAGCAAAAGCCUGAACAAGAACAGGUUGACAAGUUCGGACAGACCAGUUAGUAGCUAG